AUGAUCAGACAAGUGAAUAAAAAGGCUAUUUCAACCAGUCUUUUCAAGAGAUUAUCGCUCAGCGGUAGUGCUAUUGCUAAUAUAACAGCCAAUAAAAAAACGUCCACUCAUCCAUUCCACCAAAAGACUCAGUUGACAAAUGUUCGUUUCUAUUCAACAAAAUCCACUGUUAUUCAAUUAUUGAACAAUAUUGGUUCGAAGCGUGAAGUUGAACAAUACUUAAAGUAUUUCACUUCGGUGUCUCAGCAACAAUUUGCAGUGAUUAAAGUUGGAGGUGCAAUUAUCACUCAACAAUUAAACGAAUUAGCAUCAUGUUUGGCCUUCUUAUAUCACGUUGGUUUGUAUCCUAUUGUUUUACAUGGUACUGGUCCACAAAUCAAUGAAUUGUUAGAGAAUGAAGGUGUUGAACCAGAGUAUAUUGAUGGUAUCAGAAUCACCAACCCCAAAACCAUGGAAGUUGUGCGUAAAUGUUUCUUAGAACAAAACUUGCGUUUGGUGACAGCUUUAGAAAAAAUUGGAGUUCAUGCACGUCCAAUAACUGCUGGUGUGUUUGAAGCUGAAUACUUGGAUAAAGACAAGUACCAAUUAGUUGGUAAAAUCACUGGUGUGAACAAGUCCCCAAUUGAAGCCGCUAUCAAUAGUGGAUAUUUACCAAUUUUGACAUCUUUGGCAGAAACGUCUCUGGGUCAGUUAUUAAAUGUCAAUGCUGAUGUCGCUGCUGGUGAAUUGGCUCGUGAAUUUGAACCAUUGAAAAUCGUUUACUUAAAUGAAAAGGGAGGUAUUAUAAACGGAAACACUGGUGAAAAAGUUUCUGCUAUUAACUUGGAUGAAGAAUAUGAAGAUUUGUUAAAGGAAAGUUGGGUUAAGUACGGUACCAAAUUAAAGAUCAAAGAAAUUCACGAUUUGUUACAACACUUGCCAAGAUCUUCUUCGGUUGCCAUUAUUGAUGUCAACGAUUUACAAAAGGAAUUGUUCACUGAUUCUGGUGCUGGUACUUUAAUCAGAAGAGGUUACAGAUUAAUAAACAGAAACUCCUUACGUGAUUUCGGUAACCCUGAUUUGUUAAGAAACGCCUUGUUGAGAGACCCAGAGAUCAAAACUGGUAAAGUUUCUGUUGCUUCAUAUUUGAAAUUUUUAGAUUCUGUGCAAUUCAAGAGUUACGGAGACGAACCUUUGGAAGUUUUGGCCAUUGUCGUAGAACAAAACGAGAAAGUUCCUAAGUUAGAUAAGUUUUUGUCAUCCAAGACUGGUUGGUUAAACAAUGUUACCGAUAAUAUUUUCAACGCUAUCAAGAAAGAUUACAGUCAAUUAUGUUGGAUUGUCAAUGAAAAUGAUGCUAAUUUGCCUUGGUAUUUCUCGAAAUCUGAUGGUUCAUUUGCCAAGAAUGGCCAAAUCUUGUUUUGGUACGGAUUGAACAUCGAAGAAGCCAGUAAAUUAAUUAAAGAAUUUGAUUCUUCAUCUAUUGGGUCAUCUUUAUCAUCUUCUAAAGAGUCUGGUGUAUUCACCUCUGCUCAACAAAAACGUGGUUUCCAUCACUCUACAGUCCGCAAAGACACCAAUCCUAAUCCUCCAUUAUCCAAAGGCAAACAAACCCACAGAAAAAAAGUUGCUUUGAUUGGUGCUAGAGGUUACACGGGGCAAAACUUGAUUAAAUUGAUUGAUAACCACCCAUACUUGGAUAUUUCAUAUGUGUCGUCUCGUGAAUUGGAAGGCCAAAAAUUGCAAGGUUACAACAAGGAUAACAUUGUUUACUCCAACUUACAAGUUGAAGACAUUAAGAGAUUAGAAGAAAACAACGAGGUCGAUGUUUGGGUCAUGGCUUUACCUAAUGGUGUUUGUAAACCAUUUGUUAACACCAUUGAUUCCGUUGAGAACCCAAACUCGAAAAUUGUUGACUUAUCUGCUGAUUAUCGUUUUGACACAACUGGUGAAUGGACUUAUGGAUUGCCAGAACUAAAUGAUCGUAAAGCUAUAGCUCAAGCCAAGAAGAUUUCCAACCCAGGUUGUUAUGCCACUGCCGCUCAAGUUGCCAUUGCCCCAUUGAAAGAGUACAUUUCUGGAACCCCAAGUAUUUUUGGUGUUUCUGGUUACUCGGGUGCUGGAACCAAACCAUCUCCUAAGAACGAUGUUAAUUUGUUGUCAAAUAAUUUAAUUCCUUAUUCAUUAACUGAUCAUGUGCACGAAAAAGAAAUCAGCAGUCAAUUGGGUCUACAAGUUGCAUUUACUCCACAUGUUGCUCAAUGGUUUCAAGGUAUUUCUCAUACUAUCAACAUUCCAAUCAAAAAAGGUUCGUUGACUUCUCGUGAAAUUAGAAACAUUUACCAAGAUAGAUAUCAAGGUGAGAAGCUAAUCACCAUUAGCGGAGAGGCACCACUUGUUAAAGACAUUAGUGGCAAACAUGGUGUUGUUGUUGGUGGGUUUGCUGUAAACUCUAAUGAAGACCGUGUUGUUAUUGUUGCCACUAUCGAUAAUUUGUUGAAAGGUGCAGCUACCCAAUGUUUACAAAACAUCAAUUUGAGUCAAGAAUUUGGCGAAUACGAUGGUAUUCCAACAGAAUCCUUGAUCAGAGGUUGA